UAUAAGCAUUAAUGGCAGGCAAAAUUGAACAAAAGGAUUCGAAGGGGACUCAAAUGAAGGGAAAGAUCAAGUUUGAAAGAAAACCUUGCCCUUGGUUAUGUGACUUGGUACCAGUGAAUGUGCCUUCUCCGGGGCAGGCACAAGCUGUACUACAUCCCAGAAAGGAUGUUUUUGUUUUGAAGGUAGCUAAAGUUGGAGCAAACGGAGACCGCCGUUGUAAAUUGGAACUUGAAUUAGUGACCCCUAAAGGUCCUCAAAAAAAAGCGCCCUGCCGAAUAGAGACGCGAGAAACUCAGUGUGACCCUGAGUGCGAACCAUGUGGUUGUAUGAAAACAAACAAGCGAAAGAAAUAAAAUCUAACC